AUGCCCUGGAAGCGAAGAACCUGCAGUUUUGCGUGAGGUUUGGGACUGAGUGUGGGACUGAGUGUGGGACUGAGUGUGGGACUGAGUGUGGGACUGAGUGCUGUGUUUGGGGAACUGGAACUCUUGGGCAGUAUGGAAGCUGUGUAGCGGGAAGGAUAUGCAUGCUGGCUGCAGAGAGUCGGUUGUGAAGAAUAGUGACAUUCCGUAGCUACAAUAGAGAUGGCAGGGGAGUUAGAAAAAGAUGAAUCGAUUCUUUCUACACAUUGCUCUGGUGUACCUUCCAUCACUGCUUCUGCUGAGUGUCCAGCCAACAAUUUCCUGAAAGUGGAACUUGAGCUGAACUUGAAACUGUCUAAUCUGGUUUUCCAGGAUCCAAUACAGUAUGUGUACAAUCCUUUGUUAUAUGCAUGGGCCCCUCAUGAGAAGUACGUGCAGACAUACUGCCAGUCCAGAAAGGAAGUCUUGUUUUUGGGUAUGAACCCAGGGCCAUUCGGCAUGGCACAGACAGGGGUUCCUUUUGGGGAGGUUAAUCAUGUACGCAACUGGUUGCAGAUUGAAGGGCCUGUAUCAAAGCCAGAAGUGGAACAUCCAAAAAGGCGAAUUCGUGGCUUUGAAUGUCCCCAGAGUGAAGUUAGCGGUGCCCGAUUUUGGAGUUUCUUUAAGUCGCUUUGUGGACAACCUGAGACUUUUUUCCAGCACUGCUUCGUACAUAACCACUGUCCUCUUAUCUUCAUGAACCAUUCAGGCAAGAACUUGACUCCGACAGACCUUCCUAAGGCACAACGGGAAACCUUGCUGGAGAUAUGUGAUGAAGCCCUUUGUCAAGCUGUUAGGGUACUUGGAGUAAAACUGGUUAUUGGAGUUGGGAGGUUCUCUGAGCAACGUGCAAGAAAGGCCCUAACAGCCGAAGGAAUUGAUGUUACUGUAAAAGGAAUAAUGCAUCCUUCUCCCAGGAACCCACAAGCUAACAAAGGCUGGGAAGGAGUGGUUAGUGCCCAGUUGCAGGAACUCGGAGUACUGUCUUUACUGACUGGAUGAUAAGGCCAAGUAACCGAAAACGCCAGACAUUAUAAAGAUGGCAUUUAAGAGUAGACUUUGGUCCUGGCUCUCCUGCCUUCAUUUACAUGGACAAUAAAAGGCUUGUCUCUCUUGUACAAUUAUGACUUUCAUUUCAGGCAGUAAGCUAGGUGAAUCUGAGAAUGAAUUGUAAUUUAUUUAUUUAAGUGAUACUGACACUAAAAAACUACUCUUCAAAAUAUUAAUAUACAUAAAAAAUUACCUUUAGGUCAUGUUGAUUGUUUUUAACUGAUAGUUUUGCUUUUGUAAAUAAUUGUUACUUGAAAUUCCUAAACAUGACUUUUGCCAACCUGACUGUCCCUUUUCAUGCUGUCAGUUAUAGCUUCUAGUGCUAACAGACUCCUGCUGCACAAAUAUGGCAGCCCCCUUGCAAAGGAACAUUGGGAUCAGAUAGGUAAUAUAAAAGCAUCACUUUUAUGGCAAAAUUAUAAAUUGCAUACAAAGGCAAAGUUAUGAUAGAUGUAAAAAAAGGUUUAUUUUCUGGCAUCAGUAUCUCUAAGAAAAAAGUCGGGGGGAAAUUAUCUGACGGUGUAAGAAUAGAUUCUCUUUCUGUCCAUGCACAAACACCGGAACAGUCUGGAUCUUGAAAGCUAAAAACGAGUUCAAGACCAGUGUUUCUGAAUUUUGCAUUUAUUCUUCCUGCUCUCCGCUGAGGGACAAAGGAUGAAAUUUGACCAUAGUGAAGGCAUUAUCUCACAAUUGCUAGUAUAGUAGUAAAGUUACUUCUUCCUCUUCUGGAAAGGUAUUUGAUUCUGGCCUCCCACUGUAUGACUUUUGAAAAAUACAGCAGUAUAAAUAUUAACAAGAUCAUAAAUGGGUCUGGCUGCAACAGAAUGUGCUCUCUUUACAGUAGAUAUACUGUUGCUGGUGCAUAGGCACAAGAACCUACAUUUAUUUAUAUUACAGGUCACUCUCUAACAAUAUUGCUCUGUGUGAAAAGAGAAAUACAUAAACGUGGUACUAAGAAACUGCAACCUUUAAACCCAGAAGCUUAAAUUCUAUAUCUUUGGCAAACUGUUAAACCCCUAAAUUUGCCUAAUGAAAACAUGUAAAUUUGAAGCAACCUUUCCAUAUACAUUAAUUGAAAUGUUUUCAGUGAUUUUAAAAUUACUUUGAAAACAAAUUGAAAGCAAUUUCAAUCUGUUUUUUGUAUUGCCUUUACUGUUUGCCUUACUAGAGCUACAAUGUAUAAGGCCUGCCGUCCCCUAGCCAAGGCUAAAUUUCCACAAUGCCUUGCAUGUAUUUUUUUCCUUCUCAGACCUUUUAACAAAGACAUGUUUCCCAUAAGGCAAGGUGAAAACAAACAAAGCAUGGCAUUUUUUCACAUUUUGGGUGAAUUUUUCCUUAAACCAUUAAAAGUUUGUAAAAAAAACUUUCCAAUAUAUGAUUAUUACAAUCAUAUUUUCUUCAUUACAUAACAUUUUUUGGGUUGGUUACAACCCUUUUAAUGUUUUAUUUAAAAAUACUGCAUCUUUUAAAGAGGCAGUAUACUCCUUUUUCAACAUUUAGUUAGAUAAAUAUAGCUUAUGCUGGAUAUGCAUUUAAAUCAAAUUUAUAAAUUUAUUUUUUUGGGUUACAGGCCCCUUGAAAGAAGGCUACACAGGCAGGACUGCAUUCGUCUAGUUGAGGAACAUUUCGUUUUUUUGUCAUGUCUGCUCUGCAGUUAUUUUUUAGUGGCCAGCAUAAUUUGUAUGUCAAAUAAGCUUUUUUGUCUCUACUACAAUUUCCUCUACAAACACUACACAAAUAUUUAUGUAUUAAACAUAUCCUAAGAUGUUUUAUUUUGUAAAACAGUGUCCAAGAGAGAUCAUAGUAUAUGAAGGGUUAAGAUAACCUUGCUGAUAGGUUGCUAUUUCCAGCAGUAACAACUCUGCUGCUACAGUAACAACCGCUGUGUGGUGGGAGAGACUCGCUCUUGGGCAGCAGGUGCUUUCGUCUCUACUGCCAUAUGCUAAGCUGUUAGCAUGUUCUUCUUCUUUAGAACCUGGUGCGUACAGUGGAGAACUUGGUAGUAAUAGGACAAGGCGGACGGCUCAUUACAAGUUCUAAUGUAUGUCUGGAAGGUGCAGCGAGGCAAGGGGCAUGCUCAGACUGCUUUAUAGCGUUCAUAAAGUAGCCCAUCUUGUCUCAUUGCUUAUGUAAACUAUUCCCUCCUAAUUAACAGGAGGAAAAAUUACCAGUUCAGGUUUGUGAUUCUGCUUGCCAAAAGGGCCAAGAUUUUAACUAUUCUAAGAAGGGUGUAAAAAGCCCUCCAGUGUUUGACUUGGAAAAUAUAAAAUGUUUAAUGUCUCUUAUAGGUAAAGUGUGUACAUAUUUUAUUGCAUUUUUAAUAAGGGCCAAGUAAGACAAAACAGUAAUGAGGUGGUGUAGAUCACUUUUAAUGAACAGCAACCCCUUUGUAAAAUGGUCGUAGGGUAAAUAUUUCCUAUGUAUAUGUAGCGUUAGCGUCCAUGCUAUGUUCCUUCAGAUAGUAAAAUAUUUAAGAUUGUCCUUUUAUGUUAAUAGAGUAAAUGUCCACUGUAUAUUUGUAUUUAUUCAUGUUAAGGCCUAUGGGACAUGGGGUCCUUCCUUACUACCUAAAAAAUGCUGACUGUAUACUCCUUGUGCACCAUAGGCCUAAAGAGAGCUGCAGUUAUUACCCACAAUUCUUUUCUCAGCCAAGGCAGAAUUUUCCACUUUUAUAACAAACAAAUAUGGAGAGAAGGAAUUCUGUGCUGCCAUGUUUUCUUUCUUUUUAUAACACACUACUACCUUUUUUAUCAUCUUGUAUAAUAUAAAUGUAUUCAAUAAAUAAAUGUAAAACUCUAA